AUUUUUCUCUCUCUCUCUCCUCUGUCUAAAAAUUGUUCAACGUUCAAAGAAAAAGUUGAAGGAAAAACAAACCAAGUGAGUGAGAACUGAGAAAGACCCAGAUAAGAAAAAAAAAGUUUUCAACUCUAGAAUGUGAAAAAGUUUGAAUCUUGAGAUUCAUUUUCUAAAGAUAGUAACUGUAGCUCAACUGGGUCGUUUCGUUUUUUCUCCAUUAAAGCUUCUUCAAGAAGAAAGAUGCUAUCUUGAUAAAGAAAGAAACAGUGUUGAGGUGAAAGAGAGUGACUUGACUAGUGUGUGUGAAGUUGAAGGGAGACAACAACAUCGUAUCAGAAAAAAAAACAUUUUUUUAUAAAUUUAGUUUAGUAAUUUAGUAUUCUGCUAAAAAGUAAAGUAACAAAAAUUAGUAGAGAGAGAGAGAGGAGCAGAUCAAGAAGAAGGAAUGAAAUUGGUUUCAACUGUGUUCUCUUUCCUAUAGAGGAUAAAAGUGUCUCAGAUUUCGGAAGCUAGUUCUAGUUUGUUUGUUUCUAUAUAUGAUGAAGAACAAGACUUCGGAGAAAUUAGUUUGAAGAUGAGUCUUCGGUUGAAGAUGCAGAAUCAUCAUCGCCAUCCUUUGGCUUUGUCGAGGUUACAAGAACAAACGGGGAACAAACGAUACACGUUCAUUCAAGCGCAUAGAGGUUGGCUUUUGAGGUUUUUGUUGCUAUGGAUUCUUCUGAUGGCGGUAAUUAGUUAUUGUAUCUAUAGCAAUAUGGAUGUGGAUUCUAAAGUUAGAAGGAAAGAGGUUUUGGGGAGUCUUUGUGAUCAAAGGGCUAGAAUGUUGCAGGAUCAGUUCAGUGUUAGUGUUAACCAUGUUCAUGCUCUUGCCAUUCUUGUUUCGACUUUUCAUUAUUACCGAAACCCUUCUGCUAUAGACCAGGAAACCUUUGCGGAAUAUACGGCUAGGACUGCGUUUGAAAGGCCGUUACUUAGUGGAGUAGCGUAUGCGCAGAGAGUGGUUAAUUCGGAAAGGGAGCGAUUUGAGAAGCAACAUGGAGUGGUUAUAAAGACAAUGGAAAGAGAGGCUUCGCAGGUUAGAGAUGAGUAUGCACCGGUCAUAUUUGCUCAAGAAACUGUCUCUUAUCUCGAGUCUAUUGAUAUGAUGUCUGGCGAGGAGGACCGAGAAAACAUUAUGAGAGCUCGAGCUACUGGGAAAGCCGUUCUGACUAGUCCUUUUAGGCUGUUGGGUUCUCAUCAUCUUGGUGUGGUUUUAACAUUUCCUGUUUACAAAUCGAAGCUUCCUCCAAAUCCAACAACCGAAGAGCUCAUUAAAGCGACGGCAGGAUAUGUCGGAGGAUCCUUUGAUGUUGAGUCCCUUGUGGAGAAUUUACUCGGUCAACUUGCUGGUCACCAAGCAAUUUUGGUGAAUGUAUAUGAUAUCACGAACUUUACUGACCCUCUUAUCAUGUACGGCAACCAAUACGAAGAAGGUGAUGUUUCUCUUGUUCAUGAAAGUAAGCUUGAUUUCGGAGAUCCAUACCGGAAACAUCAAAUGAUAUGUAGGUAUCACCAGAAGGCACCGACAAAUUGGGUAGCUCUUACCACUGCAUUCCUAUUCUUUGUCAUUCUUUUGUUAGUCGGUUACAUUUUAUACGGUGCUGGCAAUCAUAUUGUCAAAGUAGAGGACGAUUUCCAUGAAAUGGAGGAAUUGAAAGUUCGAGCUGAAGCAGCUGAUGUUGCCAAGUCACAGUUUCUAGCUACUGUCUCUCAUGAAAUUAGAACACCGAUGAAUGGCAUUUUAGGAAUGCUUGGUCUGCUUCUACGCACGGAAUUGAAUUCUACCCAACGGGAUUAUGCUCAGACAGCUCAAGCAUGUGGGAAGGCACUGAUAGCAUUAAUAAAUGAAGUACUUGACCGAGCUAAAAUCGAAGCUGGAAAGUUAGAGCUAGAAGCGGUUCCAUUUGACCUUCGUUCCAUACUCGACGAUGUCCUUUCUCUCUUUUCCGAGAAGUCUAGACACAAAGGUUUAGAGCUGGCAGUGUUUGUUUCUGAUAAAGUUCCGGAUAUUGUUAUGGGGGAUCCUGGGAGAUUCCGACAAAUAGUAACGAAUCUUGUCGGAAAUUCUGUUAAAUUCACCGAGCGAGGACAUAUAUUCGUUAAAGUCCAUUUAGCUGAAAAUAGAAAGUCCGCAAUGAAUGGAAAAUUCGAGACUUUUCGAAACGGAGGAUCUGAAGAAGUUAUGCAUAUAUCCGGUGGCUAUAAUCUCAAAACCUUGAGUGGAUGUGAAGCGGCUGAUGAGCGCAACAACUGGGAUAAUUUUAAGCAUCUAAUUGCCGAUGAAGAGUUUUUCUGCGACACAUCGACUAAAAAAGUGGCCACUAACGAAUCUUAUGAGCAAGUAACUUUGAUGGUCUGUGUCGAGGACACUGGAGUUGGAAUCCCAUUCUCGGCACAAGAUAGGAUUUUCAUGCCAUUUGUGCAGGCGGAUAGCUCAACUUCUAGAAACUACGGUGGUACCGGCAUCGGCUUGAGUAUCAGUAAAUGCCUGGUUGAACUUAUGGGCGGUGAAAUAAACUUUAUAAGCCGGCCGCAGGUUGGAAGCACUUUUUCAUUUACCGCGGAUUUUAAAAUAUUUAAGAAGAAUUUAAUACCCAACGUGAAGAAGGUUAAUUAUGAAGAUCUACCUUCGAGUUUCGGAGGACUUAAAGCCAUUGUGGUUGAUGGAAAGCCUGUCAGAGCUGCCGUAACUCGAUAUCAUUUGAAGAGACUUGGGAUACAAGCUAAAGUCGCAAAUGCCAUCAAUAAAGCUGUUUCUUUAUGCGGGAAAAACGGUUCUUUGACUACAGGAUUAUUCCAGCCUGAUAUUAUUUUUGUCGAGAAAGAUUCAUGGGUUUGUGGAGAGGAUGUGCGGCAACUAGAUUGGAAGCAAAACGGACACAUAUUUAAGAUGCCUCAAAUGAUCCUUCUUGCGACGAAUAUCAGCAACGACGAAUUCGACAGAGUGAAAUCCGCAGGUUUCAGUGACACGGUGAUCAUGAAGCCGCUGAGAGCGAGUAUGGUGGGAGCUUGUCUUCAGCAAGUUUUGGGGACAGGCAAGAAGAGACAGCUAGGAAAAGAAAUGCCUAACGGUUCAACUUCCGUUCGAAGCCUUCUUUUCGGAAAGAAAAUUUUGGUGGUUGAUGACAAUGGAGUGAACCGUAGAGUAGCUGCGGGCGCGCUGAAAAAUUUCGGAGCCGACGUGAAGUGCGCAGAUAGCGGCAAAGCUGCUCUUGAAAUGCUUCAAUUCCCGCACGAUUUUGACGCUUGCUUCAUGGAUAUUCAAAUGCCCGAAAUGGACGGAUUUGAAGCGACUCGACGAAUUCGGGGGAUGGAGGGGAACGAGAAGACGAACGGUGAGUUCCACUUACCGAUAUUGGCGAUGACGGCGGAUGUAAUCCAUGCAACAUAUGAAGAGUGUUUGAAAUGUGGAAUGGAUGGAUAUGUGUCAAAACCAUUUGAAGAAGAGAAUCUUUAUCAAGCAGUUGCAAAGUUUUUCAAAACAAAAGCUACUAGUACCACAAUAGAUUCAUAACAAAAAAUGCAACUUAAUUUAGCAUGUUAUUAUUGUGUAUAAAUUGUAUUCUCCCAAGGGAAAAGGGAUGUGGAAAAUUAUGUAAAUUCAAUAUUUUUCAUAUGCAUCUCCAUAGUACUUCCCUAUAAAAACUUGCUUAGUGAAACAUGUUGAAAAUUAUGAUUCUGUAGGGACAAGUUGGUGAUGGAAAAGGCACAUGGUUAUGGUUAGAUAUUGGUUUGGUUUCAAUCAAAUCCAACACCAACUUUGUUGUUU